AUGAAACGGAACAAGGCAUCAUCUUCUCAUCGACUUGUCUCCAUCUCUGGCAAUGUUGGACAACUUUGUGAUGUAAAAGUCUACGAAAUCUGCCAUAAACAUAGUGGAAAACCCCUGGACGUGUACUGUGUAGACCACAGCGCUAUGUGUUGUAGUAUUUGUGUGUCGGUGUCACACAGACAAUGUAACAAUGUUAAACCAAUGGAGGAUGUGAUCAAGAAGACAAUGGCAAAACAGAGUCUCGGUGAGACAGAAUGGAAGGAGCUGACAGAGGAAACAAAGAAGAUGUUAGAUGAGGACGAUUUAGGGAUAACAACGCUAAACGCAAGAGAAAAAGAAGUUUCAGCGGAAAUGACCGACAGGAUACAGAAAGCUAAAGACAAGCUCGAUAACCUCAACGCAAGAUUUCAAUCAGACCUCGCAGGUCAAUGCAGAACAUACAGACAACAACUACUGAUUCGACGGAAGAAUGUCAACACAUUUCACAUCAACGCGGAAAAUUCACAUCUGCUGAUGUCACGUUCAGAUCAACAGUUAUCAGAGCGUCACCGAUUUUUCGUGAGAGAACAAACAAAAAAUCAGAUAUCGGGACAUUACCGACGUAUGGAUCAAAACACAAAGAAAGAACCAAAUCAGUUUGACAUCACACUGAAGCUACAGGAAACGAUUGAUGAAAUUAUGAAAAUGACAACCGCGGGAAAUGUUGACGUCACCUCGACACUUUCACCUGUGUCACAGAAUGCAAAUGGCCGUAUAUGUUCCUUGAUAGGAUCUUUGCUUUUGACGCCUUCAGCUUCUGCAUUUUCGGACUCGACUUCGACUUCUGACUUAAUGGGUUCUCUGCAGCAUCUGACAGUCCAGACUACUCUAGUAACGGCCGCGGUGGAUGUAUGGACCGGGUCGGUAUCUUGUGUACAUACGGUUAACACCAGUACACUUGGAGGAGAGGGAACGCCUUGGUUGACGGGAGGAAUCUUUACUGACAACAAUGAAUUACUUAUUACAGACUUCCAUAACAACAGACUCCUACUGUUUGAUGAUAAAUACUCCUACACGAGAGAAUAUAAAGUUAGUGGUUGCCCUACAGAUAUAGCACGUGGACGUACUGCUGAUGAGAUAUUUGUGGCUGUAAACGAGACACAGAUACUGAGAUGUACACUACAGAAUGGUCAGCUGUCCGUGGUCAACACUAUCAGAAGUCCCCCUAGUACCUGGCCUGGGGGUAUAGCAGUACUCGGGGACAACAUCCUGGUCGGUACUGCAGAUAGUGUGAAGGUUAUGUCUAUCGAUGGGAAGGUCACAAAGUCAAUAAAGAAGGUAGGAGGUAACACAUACCUCGCAGUAUCUACAUCUAAGUCUACUGUAUACCACAGAGAUAACAAUGACGUAGUGUGUAGACGACUAGACAGUGACGCAGUAGUCUACAGGUACAGGGAUCCUGGUCUGGUUUAUCCUGUAGGUAUUGGACUGGACCGGGAUGACAAUGUGUAUGUUUGUGGUCACGUUACCGGAAACGUUUACCUCGUUUCACCUGACGGGUCACGUGGGAGGGUAUUACUGUCCAAGCUGUCCAACAUCACCAGACCGUGGUGUAUAGUGGUCCAUCCAACCAAACAGGAGUUCGUGGUUACUUCUUUCCAGGAAUCUACUGUACUUGAGGUGUACAAAUUCAGUGACGACAACAUAUAA